UCUAAAGAAGAACGUGAUCUGUUCCUUGCUAAGUUAGCUACGGUAAAUGACACCGUUGAGCGGAACCUGAUGAUGGAAGAAAAAAGGGCAGAGUUGAASAGUAAACUGCUAGCCACCAGAAGACAAGAAAUUGAUGAAAAGAAAAGGCUGCAGGCAGAAGRRSAGAAAUUACAGAAAGCUCUAGAGGAGCAAAAAGAUAAACCCUCUGCGACUGAAGAACAACUGGCGUUGCUAAGGGAGGCCGUGCUCAACACAAGACAAGAUAUGAACUUAAUGCGCCAGACGCUGCAAAGAGUUGAGACCCAUCAGGUUGAGUUCGAGACUAUUUGGAACAACUUUUUAGAAACGUCUGCUAAGGACGUGGACCAUCAUGUUCAGACAUAUAUCCAGGUUUUGGAUGAUCAUGUCACUAAAACGUUCUCUCCGGAAGUCGUAAAGAGGAUUGUGAAGGGAGCUGGAGGCGAUGGGGGAAAUAGUGACGACGAUGGCGACGGUGACAGGAAGGGAAAGAAGAAGAUUGGGCAUCCCAAAGAAAAACUUCCUCAGGAAUCCGGGCAGGUUAGCAAGAUCAAGCUUAAACUGCCCUGGACCUAUAAUGGAAAAAAGGAAGAGAGUGUCUUACAUUGGGCAGCCGCAAUUGAAACCUACGUAUACGAACAGCGUAUCCCAUAUUGGGACAGGGUAUUGAUGGCGACAUCAUGCAUGGGAGGCGACGCCAUGAGCUUCGCCAUCUCGCUGCAAAAGGAAGCGGGAUGCAGCUCUAUGGUAGAGUAUUCGCAGCAAACGCGAAUCGACGACUUCCUUAAAUUAAUAAGAGAAAGAUUCGAAGACAAAAAUCUGGCAAGACGUACAAAAAUGUUAAUUCUCAGCCUUCCUGACAGGAAAUGGAAAAACACUUCUGCAUUAAAGGCCACAAUGGAUGAAUUGUUGCAAUGUUCUAAUCAUGGAUUAACGCCAGCCCAAAUUUUGACUAGCUUUGCAAGAGCACUCCCGGAUCCCUUAAGAACACAGCUCUAUCCCCGAACCAAGGAAGAUGGGAUGACCUAUGAGAAGUUUGGCAAGAUCGCCAUAGAUCAUGCUGGCUUCCUCGCCGAGGCGAAUUAUUGCCACUACUGGAAAGAUCUGCAAGCGGGAAAAAGAUGGCAAAACCGCACUAUCUCAGGGUCUAUACCUGGGAAAGAUAGUCUCCUUCUAACCUUUGAAGAAGGAGGCGCCGAGACCAUCUCCUGGGAUCAGGUUGACUAUGGUCUCGAUGAACCCAAYARACCGGUAGCUCAGGAGGGGAGUUACGCGGCUGUUGCAGCCCGCGGGGGAGGGCGUCAAGGAAGAGGGCGUGGCCGAGGAAGAGGUCGCGGCCGUGGUGGAAGAGGAUUCAGCACCCAGAGGGGUGGUGGCGAAGGUAGCCACUACGUGGGAGGAAGGGGAAAUGGUCUCUCAUACAGUGGCCGUAGUUCUUACUCCACUUGGGGUAGAGGAAGAGGCUCAUGGUACAACAAGUGGGAUAAACCGUACCCACCUCAUCCAGGCCUACCCGAAGGGAAGCCUUGGAAGGAGCUUGGCAUAACAGAAAAAGUAUGGACCGAAAGAAAGAAGGCAGACCAAUGCCUCAAAUAUGGGGACCCCGACUUCAUUGUCCCCUAUUGCCCUGACUAUCGGGGGGCAAAAGGGAACAGCCAGCAGAGGUGCUAGUUGCCUCUACAGGGGCUUCGAGUGUUGAAAAAUCAGAAUCCUCCUAUUUGAAGGCCCCAAUGGCAGAAACUGAAGAGGAAGAAAGUCCCCAUCUAGUGCACUGUCCAGAGGUGACAAAGGUAUGCAUCUCUCUAGAUGGAUCCCUCGUUGGCGUGGGUGAUGAGUUGGCCGCUCGUCGCCAGGCCUGGACUGAAAUGCGUAAAAAGAAAGGACAGCUAAUAAUUGCAGAUCUAGAGAUAAAUCGAAUAAGAGUAG